AUGGCUCCACUGACCUGCCCAGCUCCUGUGGAAGUCACAUACAGGAACAUGAGAUUUCUUAUUACACACAGUCCAACCAGUGCAACCUUAAGCAAAUUCAUAGAGGACCUUAAGAAGUACGGAGUUACGACAAUAGUAAGAGUGUGUGAAGCAACUUAUGACACUGCUCUGGUGGAGAAAGAAGGCAUCCAGGUUUUGGAUUGGCCCUUUGAUGAUGGUUCAUCACCCUCUAACCAGAUCGUGGAUGACUGGUUAAGUCUUUUAAACAUUAAAUUUCGGGAAGAACCUGGUUGUUGCAUUGCUGUUCACUGUGUUGCAGGUCUUGGGAGAACUCCAGUGCUUGUCGCUCUGGCAUUAAUGGAAGGUGGAAUGAAAAAUGAAGAGGCGGUCCAGUUUAUAAGACAAAAGCGGCGUGGAGCUUUUAACAGCAAGCAACUUUUAUAUUUGGAGAAAUAUCAUUCUAAAAUGCGGCUGCGCUUCAAAGACUCCAGUGGCCAUAGAAACAACUGUUGCAUUCAAUAA